AUACCUUGAUAGCAAUGAAUAUGCCCUCAAAGAAAUUUUCAUGCACUGCGAACAUGAAGCAUUGCUAGAUCCGCUAGGUAUUACUAGAUUUCGCUAGGAUUGCCUUUCAAAAACAAAAAAGGAAGAAAGAGGAAAAAUGUAAAAAUAAAUUAUUUUAAUAUAAAAGUACAGUUUCUUUAAUAUUCCUGUUUGGUAUAUUGCAUUAUUUUUGAAUCAUGUUUAUAGCUUCCUAAUGUUACAUUUCAAACCCCAUAGUAUUUGUUUGUAUUAAUUUUGAUUUCUUUGUUUGCAUUUCCCAAACCACAAGUUUACAACCAAUAUCUUAUUUUCAUAGCUUCAACGAUAUCGUGUAUCGUAUGUGCUUUAUUAUUUGCGACUUGAAAAGCAAAAAAAGCGAGCAAUAUUUUGGUGUGUUUUGACCCUAUUGAGAAAAAAUGCUAGGUUUUUAUAUUACAAUUUAGUGUGAAACAACUCUGUCUAAUAGUUAAUACACAUAGUUUAACUUGGUAGCACUGAAAUGACAUUAAAUAGAAAAUAAACAAACACGGUAAUGGAUAUGACAACAACUAUAAAUAAUAAAAGAAAACAUUUGACAAUAAAAGAAAAAGUGUGAAGUUUUAAGUUUUUUUUUUUCAUUUUUUCUAUAUUAAUUUGUUGUGAAAUUAGUAUUAAAUUGUUUAGAGAGGAUUGUAAUAUCGUGUCAAAAUACGUGUAAAUUUAAUGUUUGUUUUUUAAGUGGUAGUUUAAUAGUAGUUUUGGUAUCGGUCAGUGGUUGCUGUCAACCAUCUCGUCACCGCAGAUAAUCAACAGAAACUAAAAGAGAAGACUAAGAUGAAACGUUAAGAAUAUAUGGAUGAAAUGUUGUCCUAAAUUCUAAUAACGUAACGUUCACAUUUAUUCACUGACACUUGCUGCAUCUCACUUCUAAAAACACUAUGCGUUAAUAUAACUCUUUGAAACAUGUUCAACCUGCUAAGCAGGUAACUAACGCUGAACACGAUAUCCCUGAAUUUCGUAUAUCGCUUAUUUAUUAUACGCAGAAAUGUCCAAAGCAGCACAACUUCAGGCUUUAUACGCUCGACGCCGACAAGCGGAAGACGAUCGCAUUGAACGGACGCAAGAGCUAAAUCGUUACUAUGAUCAUUGGGGCAAAGUGACGACUCGCUUUGCUAAUUGGACCGCACCAGAAUAUUAUGAUAAGGCAGGACAGCAGCUUCAACAAACCAAAGACAAAAAAGAAAAGGAAAAAGGUCUAGCCAUUCGUCAGAGAAAGCUUUCGGAAAUAUUUACAAUAGAAAAGAAAACAUUCGAUCGCGAGAUGAAUGAAUUAAAACGAGUGCGUUCGCGAAAAGUAUCCACAGAUACCUUAGAGAAAAUUGAUGAGAAUCUAAAAAAUCAAGAUAAAAUACGUCGCAAAUUGGAAUUGGAGGCAAAGCUGUACGGUAAAUUGCGACAUGGAGUUGAUGAUGAGAACUUAGUUUUCGAUUCCAAGUCCGAAAAUGAGACAUUGGCAAAGUUGAAUUGGCUGGACAAACAAGUCAAUACUCAGUUAGAACGCGAAAGAGAGGAAGCCAAAAAACAAGAGCAAAUAUUGUUGUUACAAGAAAAACAAAUUAAACUGGAGCAACUGCAAAAGGAACGGCAUGCAAUGCGUGAACGAGAGAUUCAAGAAGUCCGCACAAUACAAGAAAACUACAUGCUCCAGUUAAAAGAGCGUCAAGAAGAAAGUGAAAAUUUAAAGAGUGAAGAGAAGAAGUUGCGUGACAACAUUGAUGAACUAGGAAAGGAGCUUGAGCUACUUAAAGAGACGGACGUUGUAAUGCAGAAACCUGCAGAUCUAGCGCAAGCAUACAACUUUAAACGAAUAAAGACGUUCAUACGCAAACGUUCAGAGGAAUUUCGAAAUCAUAUAAAAAUACAUAUAGCUAUUUUGGAGCGCACACUUGAUUAUGCCAAGAAAGUGACAAUAGCAGAUGAAUUAAUCGAAAAGUACAAAAAACUUCUAGACUUCGAAGCGCAAUAUGUGUCACAAAUUGAAGCCAUGUACGAAUCCGAAGCUAAGUCUUGUCUUUUAAGAAGUGAAGAAAACUGGACUCGACAGCACAGAGAACGCUGCAAUGAAAUCAAUCAAUACCUCGACAAUGAAAGUAAAGCAUUUAAAGUCCAGCUGACCGAUAAUCUAGAACGUCAAGAGGACGUGAUUGAGUUGAGGACCGCGUGCUUAUCGGUUAUUGAGGAUGUUAGUGCAAAGCUGAAACAACUUAUUAAGGAAGAAGAGGAAUCACCGCGAGGUAAUCAAAAUAGCCAAGAGUUGCUGUCCUCCAGUUCUAGUGAAGCUAAGAAAGUAAGAUUCGAAACUAACGCGAAAACUUCAGUAUCGCCGAGCUCACUGCCUGAAAUAACGAAGUCAUUUAACAACCUGAACUUGGAUGUGUGGCAAGAUUUGCCCUCAUCGCGUCGUGGUAUUGAUACUCUGCCUACAAAUAAUAACCCAAACAUUGUUACACCAGAGAACGUCGAAAGACCAAAAUACGGACGAAAACGUGUAGCUUGGACCUGAAAAGCAUUAUAUAUUUCUUCCAUAAUUUUUUUUCCGUUUAUCUCCUUAGUCACGCACAUGAUUUUAUUGUGAUUUCAUUUACAAAUAAAUUCUUUUUUUUU